AAUAAAUCCAGUAAUCAAAGUGUAGUAGACAACUAAAACAAAUAUGGCGGUAUAAACGUAAGCGAUUUUUUACUAAUAUCAUAUGCUUAAAAUAAGUCUUCCAUGUACAUUGUCAAAUAAAAAUUUCUAUAACAAAAUAUAUAAACGAUAUUUCUUUAUUAUUUUCCAGUCGGAGAUCGUUAUUCCACCUUUUUGUAACAGAGUAACAUUAUUUAUUUCUAUUAACUGUGACUGCCGCUGUUACAGAAAUAAAUGCAAUAACUCUUGGGUACAAGAAUAGGACAAUUAAUCAGUAUGGCAUAUCGAGACAGUCAGUACAGUGCUCCAGGAUAUUCCAGCCAUGGAGCAUAUGAAAGAUACAUGCAACAUACUGAACAAUCCACAAUACAUAAAAUGAAAGAAACGUAUUGGACCACUAAGCAAGUUGUGAUGAAAAAGCUGGGUAAGAAAGAAGAUGAACACGUGGUAGCGUCAGACGCAGAACUAGAUGCUAAAUUAGAUUUUUUCAAGUCUAUUCAAAAAUCAUGCUUUGAUUUACUCAAAGUACUCGAAAGGUAUCAAGAUAGGCUAUACGCUCUAUCUCAAGAAGAAAAUGCUAUGGGUAGAUUCUUAAAGCAUAAUGGUAAAAAUGAUAAAACUAGAGCGGGAAAAAUGAUGUCAUCUGUUGGUAAGGCUCAAAGCUACGCAUCCCAACAAAGAUUGGCACUACGAGUACCUUUAGUUCGACUUUAUCAAGAGGUUGAAACAUUUCGAAUUAGGGCCAUAGCUGAUACUUUAUUAACAGUAAAUCGAAUGGAAAAUGCCCGAACUGAAUAUAGAGGAGCCUUAAUGUGGAUGAAAAAUGCUAGCGAAGAACUAGACCCUGAUACUUACAAACAGUUAGAUAAAUUUAGAAAAGUUCAGGCUCAAGUCCGGAAGACUAAAGCAAAAUUCGAUAAAUUAAAGUUGGAUGUUAUGCAGAAAAUCGAUUUAUUAGCUGCUUCCAGAUGUAAUAUGUUUUCACAUGUGUUGGCUACCUAUCAGUCAACUCUCCUACACUUUUGGAGCAAAACCAGUAACACCAUGCAAACAGUUUCCGAAUCGUUCAAAGGCUAUCAAUAUUAUGAAUUCAGUAUGCUGAAAGAAUUAGCUGAACCCAGCAAGAAGUUGGUAGAUGCUACAAAGUUGGAAAAAAGCGAUGACGAUACGUCCACUGCUGCUGCUACUGCUUCUGGCGAAGAGAUUGAAGAAGACGAGACGGCAGAAAGCGUACAUGAGGAUAAUUCUUCAAUGUCGUCAAAUAAACCGCAUCCUAGUUUUUUUGAUGAUCUAAUAAGCUCGGAGGAACCAGAUAGUCUUCCAUUACCUAUUUCCCAAUUUCAAUCUGACUCGUCAAACCACAAUUGGUUAAUAGAUGAUCAAAAAGACUCAGAGGAGACUAAAUCAGCAGCAUCCUUACUUUCAGAUAGCGGUAAAGAUCAACAGAGUCAGGAGGAACCCAAUAAUAAAGAGCAAACGAAAGAAAUGGCUAAAGAAAAUAAUCUAGAAGAAAAGAAACCAAUUAAAUUGAUUGAUUUCAACGAAUCGGAAAAACAGGAAAGAGAUUUGAAAAAUUCUAACGAAAAGGCGAAUAGUCCAGAUUUAGACAUUGAUUGGAAUGAAGAUGAAGAUAUUGAGGAAAUUAAACGCCGUCAAGACGUUGAAUUAGAUUUAGAUGGUAAAUCGUUAUUGACAAAAGAAGGAAAGAAAGAAAGAGAAAUUCAAGAAAAAAAGAUGAAAAAUACCGUAAAAGACCUUCUUAGUAGUGACGACAUCGAGGAAGAUGAUAAUGAUAAGGAUGAUAUGGAUAUUUUGAAUGACAUUUUAGCCCCAUCAGGCGGAGAUGACUUGGCAAAAGAGUGGAAAUCUGUUUUUGGAGAUGAACCUAUUUUACCGACGCCUUCCACAUCUGCUAACGUUAAAGGGAAUAGCGAAGUCGAUAGCUUCUCUUCAUUCCUUCCUUCUCAUUUGUUGGAUACACAACCUCCCGCCUACGCUGACGCCUUAGCACAACAACGAGCUACAGCCAAUCUUAUGAGCCAACCACCUACGAUGCCAAUGAGAUUAUCAGCACAACAGAGUCCCGUUGCAGCUGGUAAAUCGUCAGCAAAACCAUUACCACUUGCUAGUAAAGAUAAAAAGAAACAGGACAUGUCUGCUUGGUUUAAUAUGUUCGCUGAUCUUGACCCGUUGGCUAAUCCUGAUGCCAUUGGGCGUAAAAGAGAUGAUAUAGCUGGAGCCUUAUAGAAAAACUUUUGCAUUUCAUUCCGUUCUGAACUUUGAGAAUUUAAAAAUCGACAAAAAAACAUGUACAAAACUUUAAUUGUUGUCUGCAUGUAUAAUUCUAGUCAUGUGGUUGUUCAUUCCUAAAUAUGAAUGCAUGCGUUUGCAUUGUUCAAACGAAUAAAAUAUUUUAUUUACCCCAUAUUGUUUAACUAAAUAACAAAUCGUUUUAGCUUAUCUAACUUUUUGAAUAAUUUCUUUUUUUUUUGUUAAUAUGUUUAAAGAAAUAUAAUAAGGAAUUCUCACUUGA